AUGGAGCAACACUCCUCUACUCUUACUCACUCACCGUUCAUGGCUUCUUGGCUUGUCUCUCCCCAAUCUAGACCUCAGCUCUCCGCCGUAACCUCUGUCAUCUCAGAUUAUGGAGAAGACGUGAUUGUUGGCAUUUUAGAUACUGGAAUCUGGCCGGAGCAUCCGAUUUUCUCUGAUUCAGGUCUCCGUCUCAUUACUUAA